CACUGUUUCAUGCUCCUUUCUGAAGUAAAAGCUGCGUGGUCCUGCUACAAACCAGCUGCAGCACCUUUAUCUCUUGCAUGCUCUCAGGAAAGUGAGGUGAGAGAGAGAGGCUGCCAGUCACGGCAUAUUCUGCAAUGCUAAGCAAGCUUUGGCACUGCUCCUGCACUAUCUCAUGGCCACCUAACACAUAGCUAAAGGGCUCCCCUUUUGCGGACUUGGGGAGAGAUUAUACCCUUCCUUUCCUCUCUGAAGCUGGACUUAAACGUGGUAAACUCUAUGACCUGCACCAAGUUGAAAAUAGAGCUGUCCUUCAGCCUUUGCACUAGCUCUGCAUAGUGCUCGUGAGCCCAGGCAGAUUGAGAUGAAGGCCCAUCGCCCUGGGACAGUGCUACCUCUGCUGUGGAGGUGCAAGCAGAGUGCCCGGCCACUCUGUUGAGUAAGCUCUCACUCACUACAAUAUGAGUGAUAAGCUUUACUAGGUCUUAGUGUAUUUUCUUUUAAUGCCUGUGCUGUAGUCUCUACAGUGUGACGUGUUUGCUCUGUGCCUGGCUUGUGUGUUCUGUCAUUGGUACUGCUGGUAGCUGGUGGCAUUACUCAGCUUGCAGUAUGUGAAGCAAAAACUCUGGUGAUUUGGAGAGCAAAAGACUUGAGAGUGCAGUGCCAAACACCUUUCUAGCUGGGUUGUAAUACAGUGAUCUGGAGCAGAACUGACACUGCCAGAAAACCUCUGUCUGGGCUUGAGCCUGUGAGGUGGCUCUGUGCAGGAGCUGGACUGAAGUGUAAGAGGGCUGGUGGCCAUUUGUUCCUUGCAAUUUCAUUUCUGUUGCUGCAUGUACAUGAUCAGACUUGCGUGAAGUUGUGUUGACCUCCAAGCCUCAUUCCUGUCCCAGGUGCAUCUUCUGCCUUCUUUCAUGCUUGUAGGCAAAAAACAGCACUGCUGGUCACUUCUUCCUGCUGUCUGCUGUCUACUUGUUUUUCUCACAGCAGGAUAAUGUCCUUCCAUUUUCCCUACCGGCAAAAGGCAGGAGUGAAUCUGGUCUGGUUUCCUUUCCCUUCUUGCUUUCCUGUGUGCAUUCAUUUUUUUUCAUGUACUUUCUGGGUUUGUGUUGGAUUCAUACUCUGUCCCAUAUUCUCUUUCCCUCUUAGUACUGUAUAUCAUGCAUUCUUUUCUACCUGUGGUCUCCAGGAAUGUUUUUAUGAUCUGUGAUUUAGGAAAGUGUUCCAGGACUGUCUAUUUGGUUGCAGAGAUGUAUCUUGUUACCCAAACUCCGGUCUCUGAGGUAUCUUACAUACCUUUAACGUGCCACAGAAGUGGCUGAAGACUGCUUGGUGUUUACUUACUUGUCAGCAUGCUGGCAAGCUAUACUGGCAGCAGCACUUUGCUGAAGUGCUGUCUGAUCCAUGGCUUAGGCUUGAUGUGGAGUUCUAGAAGAUUGUCUGGGAUCAGCCAUUGCAGAGCAGUCUUUUAAGAUUAACCUUCCUGACCCUUGUUCUUUAGCAUCAGGAAGUUACAGGCAGUGUGUUUCUAAUAAAUUCCUCCAAGUAGCCUGUUCUGCAUUUGGCAGUCAGGCAGGUAUCUCAGAUGAGCACACAUGCACAGUUAGCCUUGGAGCUGAGGUUAGAGUUAUAUGCUGACUAAAAACUGACCAGAUGUUUGAGUGCAUCUGGAAGCCUGUCCUCCUUCUUAAAUAUGCAAAGGCAAUAUGCCUCUUCCGGUCUGCUCAGGGAGAUACAAACUGUGUCCAUUCAGGAGGGAUCACUGCACCUGUGAUGGGAGUCAUGUCUGCUAUGGUGUAAAAUGACUUCUGGGAUCUGGACAGGACCCAUUUUUCCUAUCUGCUCUCCUGUCCUGGGGAUGGUGUGAAGCACAUCUUGCAGUAGAACAAACAGUCUGAUUCUGACUUGCUGAUAGCUGGAAGGUUUGGGGAGACUUUUCUAAAAGCUAGAUCUAAAGAAAGAGGUUUUUCUGUUGCCUGGGACCACAGAGUAAAUGUGGCCUGCAGGGUUUCUUCCCUUGUUUUUCUAAGGUAUUGAAUGCGUUUUUCUCCUCCAUAAGAAAAAAGGCAGAUUGAGCUGAGGAGCCUUGUCUACAUGUCUGCCUGCCAUGUGCCACAUACUUGUAAAACUAGUUCUAACUGCUCCAGCAAGAAUUUCUGCCAUGUAGUAGUUGGUGUUAUUCAUUUGUUUAGUUCUUGUUCAGAGUGAAAAGUUCUAUAAAGGUGCCUUCUGAUUGUGUGUCAUGGCAGCUUCCUUAAAGGAAGGGUCUUUGCUGUGCUGACACAAGAGGUGCCAAGGUGAAGGUGAUUGACAGCCUGCCAUUUCAGCAAAGUGACAGCAACUUUUGACUUGAUGAAAGAUGGAAGUCAGGUAAACAUUUUGCAGAAGCAUAGCCUGCUUGGGCUGUGCUGUUGCUACUUUUGGCAAAUACUGGGAAGAUGAGCUGGGAUGGUGUUUCUUUUGAGAAGCUAUGACAUUGUCUCUCGGAAGAAAGCCAAGGCCACACUUACAAUGCUUUUAAUUAAUGAAAGGUGAAUUUUGACCUCAAGGCCUGAGAAGAAAGAUACCGAAGGAGGGCUUGUUGUGUAUGCAUAGCCUCUUUAGUUAAUAUACAUGCUGGCAAGCUGCCAGGUGAUCUGCUGGGUUGGCAUAUUGUUUCUCUUUAGCCUUGUACUCAGUACCUGGUGUGAGUGUUGCACAUACUCAGCUGUGUCUCCUCUUCCCUGGCAGAGUGAACUGAACUCCUUUCUGUGGACCAUCAAGAGAGAUCCCCCAUCUUACUUCUUUGGCACCAUCCAUGUCCCAUACACCCGUGUCUGGGAUUUCAUCCCAGAGAACUCCAAGAAGGCCUUUCAGCAGAGUCACAUAGUGUACUUUGAGCUGGAUCUCACUGACCCCUACACCAUCUCUGCUCUCACCAGCUGCCAGCUGCUGCCACAGGGGGAGAACCUUCAGGAUGUGCUGCCCCGUGACAUCUACCGCCGGCUCAAGCGGCACCUGGAAUAUGUCAAACUCAUGAUGCCAUCUUGGAUGACACCAGACCAGCGGGGCAAAGGGCUGUAUGCAGACUACCUCUUCAAUGCCAUUGCUGGCAACUGGGAGCGGAAGAGGCCGGUGUGGGUGAUGCUGAUGGUGAACUCUCUGACGGAGGUAGAUAUCAAGUCUCGAGGAGUGCCUGUCCUGGAUCUGUAUCUGGCCCAGGAAGCAGAACGUCUUAGGAAGCAAACAGGCGCCGUGGAGAAGGUGGAGGAGCAGUGCCACCCACUGAACGGGCUUAACUUCUCCCAGGUGAUCUUUGCUUUGAAUCAGACUCUCUUGCAGCAGGAGAGCCUCCGAGCAGGCAGUUUCCAGAUCCCCUAUACGACAGAAGAUCUUAUCAAGCAUUACAACUGUGGAGACCUCAGCUCUAUCAUCUUCAACCAUGACACUUCUCAAGUCCCAAAUUUCAUUAAUGCUACACUGCCAGCCCAUGAGCGUAUUACUGCCCAAGAAAUAGACAGCUACUUCCGUCAGGAGCUCAUCUACAAACGAAAUGAGCGAAUGGGAAGGAGGGUGAAAGAGCUGCUGGAAGAAUACCCCGACAAGAGCUUCUUUUUUGCAUUUGGAGCUGGUAUGUGGUUGAGGUGAUCUUCAAACUAAUCG